AUGGCAUUUUUAGCCAGCUUGAUUAUACCCCCUCCUUUGGGCAGCGAUAUUCCUUGUGAUAAUUCAUUAAAGGGGCCAAGAUAUUACCGAAAGGUUCUUGCACAGGUGACUAUAAGCAUGGUUGUGCCAUUAACUAUUGCAGCCGUUGUUGUUCUAUUUCAUGAAAGUACCUCAAAUACCCUAUCAAAAAAUUGGAAGCUAGCUUUUGCAGUCUUUAUUUAUUUCUCAAUUAUUAAUGUACUUUUUUUUUGGAAGUCUGCUAGCCUUACUUUUUUAUUGGUUAUGUACGCACUGGCCCAAGUGCUGACCCUCCCAUAUUGUGCAUUGCUUAUCCCUAACAUUCAGCGGAUGAUCGAUGGCCAGUUCGAGAAGAAGGAGUAUAUUAUGGCGGCCAUGGGUCUUAUUCCAGACAUUAUAUGCCUAAGUCUCUUUUUAGUCUCCAUGUGUCUGGGGGGUAGUGACAGAAUUGGAGGCAGCAGUAAUGGAACUAGUAGCAUUGGAAGUAGCAGUGGAAGUAGCAGUGGAAGUAGCAGUGGAAGUAGCAGUGGAGGUAGCAGUGGAGGUAGCAGUGGCGGUGGAAGCGGUGGUGGUGGCAGCAGCUAA